AUGGCGUUGCAAUAUCCAAUACUUUUUCCAUAUGGUGAAGAUGGAUCAACGGAUCUCUUGUAUAUAUUGGACAUUAGUAUUCAAAUUUAUAUUGAUCCUAAAGUUCCAACAUAUAGGGUCAUGGGGAGAUCAUAUUGGCAUACGAUGGCCUUGACAAAAGGAAUGAUAUUAGUUGAGGAUGCAUUGGCAAUGAUUAAGCUGAUUUGGCAAGUCUGGUCACACAUCCUAGUUAACUUUUUAGCUGUUCUUCCCAUUCCUCAGGUCGUGAUUCUUAUUUUCUUGGACUCAAGUUCUUUGAAUGAAAUGAAGUUUCUGGCUUUUCUUGCCCUGUUGCAAUAUGUGCCACGCACGCUUCGCAUUUACUUAUUGUGUACAGAUCUUAACAAGACUCCUAUGAGAGAGACUGAAGUAUGGAUUUUAUUCAAAGGUGCAUUCAGUUUCUUUCUCUACAUCCUUGCUAGUCAUGUAUUUGGAGCCUUUUGGUACUUCUUAGCUAUCCAAAGAGUGAUAUCAAGCUGGCAAUAUGCUUGUCGGAGGGAAAAUGGAUCUGAACCUACUACAUUUUACUGUAAUGACAGUUCAAUCAGAAACAUCACAAUUCUGGAUGAUGUAUGCUCUGUAAAUAAUUCACGUCAUACACAAUCAUUUGAUUAUGGUAUGUUUUCUGAUGCCGUUCAACAUAGUGUGCUGGAGUCAACCAAUUUACCAAAAAAGUUCUUACACUGUUUCUGGUGGGGUCUGCGAAAUCUAAGUUCUCUAGGACAGAACCUUGAGACCAGUAUCUAUACUUGGGAAAACAUCUUUGUGGUUUUUAUUUCAAUUACUGGCUUGCUAUUAGUUUUGUUAUAUCUCACUACAAAUUUGAAGGUAUGUAUGCAGUUGGUAACUCGAUCGUCAGAAAAGGUGAAAAUCAUCCGGCAGAUGAAAAUGAAAGAUCUAGAAGUACAGAUCUGGUUAUCAGAGAAUGACAUCCCUAAGAACAUGAAGACGCUGAUCAUGCAAAAUGUACACAAACAACUUGAGCAAAACAAAGAUGUUCAUGUGGGGAAUAUCCUCUCUAUUCUUCCAUUGGAGCAGAAAAGAUUUAUCAAGCGACAUCUCUGUUUGCCUAUGCUGAAAAAAGUGCCAAUGCUUCGAGUUAUGGAUGAAGAAGUAUUGAAGGCAAUCUUUGACAAUCUUAAGCCAGUGAGAUAUACUGAGGACACUAACAUAGGUGAGGGGGAGCCGAUUGUUAAGAUGAUCUUCAUCACACAAGGCAUUUUAUUGACCUACACCACUAACAGUGCUGGGACAAGUAGCAGUGCAAGUUCUUCGACCACCAAGUGUCUUGAGAGAGGUAACUUUCAUGGCGAAGAACUUCUCAAUUGGGCGUCUACGUUUUCACCAUUUUCUGCACUGCCCGUCUCCACAAGAUUUGUUAAGUCUCUCACAAAAGUCGAAGGGUUUGCUCUAAUGGCCAGUGACUUGAAGAGUGUAGCCUCCCAUUCCUGGCGUCAUUUUAGCACAGAGGUUGGGAUGCCACGGCAGUUGUGUGCAAAUCUUAUACAAUCCAAUUGGCGCUGCCACAAAGCUAGGAGGGCUUUGAGCCGAACCCUCUCCGCUCCAAUCUACUACUAUGAGUCAUCUAGUUCGAUGAGUGGGCGGUAG